AUGAAGUUGCACAAUUUAUGCUGGGGAUUUACCAGACUCUUGCACAGAUGCGGUACCUUGAUCCUAAGACAAUUCAAACUGGGCCUCACGACAUCUCCAAAAUGCGCCCGGUGUACGAGAAACAUGGGCUGGACCCAGCUAUCAUCUACCUCUAUAGCAUCCUUCCCUAUGUGGACUCACGAAUUGCAAACACGAGCCUUUUUGAUGGCAGUUCUUUCAUGGACUUUCGUGACGGGUCCUGCGUUCGAAGACGGCCGUGAUCCGUUAUGCCCCGGGCCCUCGGAAGAGGACGGAGACGGGCCAUACAUGCGUCCCUGGAUGACGGCGUUAUCACAGAUGGGAAGCCACACAAGUGUUAUCAUAUAUGAUGCACGAGAGCACCGCAUCUGGAUUCCGGAUCCUGUGGACGAUUGCAGCUGCGACCCGACGCUAUACGAUGUGCCGAAUGAAGCGCCCGAGAGCGAGAAGGGGACUAACUUUGAGCACCUUCCUAGCAGGCCUGCGGGAGAUGUAUUGCGGGAUAUCGCCCGAUGGUAUCGCGAACUCAAGGUACUACCAGGUGGAAGCGACGAUAGCUGCAUUGACUGGGAUGCUGGAAGGCUGGAUGUGAAAGGGCUGUAUCGGAUGCACGGAUGGCCGGGCAACUUCGAUGGCGAUGCAUUUCAGGUGGAUCAACUAAGGGCUUUAGGUCUUGCCAGUGUCGGAAAGUACACAAACCAAAUAUUGCUACAAUUAAAAAGGUGUAUGAUCUCAGUGGAAGAGAGUGAUCGCAAAAUCGCAAGAUUGCAAAAAUCACUUGCUGCAGCGAAGAGCAAGGACGAAGAGUGGAUGUUCCGGAUGGAGCUUUGGAAAGCGGAAAGGUCUUUUCGCAGAAACAACAAUGAUCUCCUGGAGGAGGAGCGCAAAUUAAUCGCCCAGGAAUACUCUCAAACCAAGAGAAAGCUUGAGUCGGCGCAAGUCAGAAAGAGGGGCGCUAGGAGAUGGUUGGAAGAAAAAUCCAAGGACGCCGAUGCCUACACUGUUGAAACAGUACGAGAACGCCUUCGCGGAUAUGAGCAGGAGGCAGCACUCUACGAAAAGGUCCAGAAGGCGAUCGAGGUAGACAAAGACCAGUUAGGCAACUUGGGCGAUAAAACAGGGUUCGCCAAGGAGAAAGAGGCCUCUUCAUGGAAAGACGUGGCCCUACAUUUUCAAGGGGAGCUCGACGCGCUACGGGAAUGGGCUGCUCAAAUUCCCGCUGAUGCCGAGCACGCAAAACUGAAGGCUAAUGAGCAGAUCCAAGAUUAUGAACAGUCGGUCGCGGCAAAGACAGCUACUACAUGGCUGACCAAGCCGAGGUUAUUUGAAGAAUCUCGGCGUUGA